AUGGAUGUUGCUCUUAUUGCUAGUGAAUGCAUUGACACUAGGAUUAGAGGAGAAGUGCCUAGAGUUAUGUGCAAAUUAGAUAUUGAAAAGGCCUUUGACCACUUGAAUUGGAGUUUCUUAUUGAACACUCUCAGGCAAAUGAGAUUCGGGAGAAGGUUGAUUAAGUGGAUAGAAUUUUGUAUCAAAACUACCAGGUUCUCCAUUCUGAUAAAUGGAGAACCUGCAGGUUUUUUUCUAGCUGAAAGAGGUCUAAGACAAGGGGAUCCCUUGUCCCCUUUCCUAUUUAUCAUAGCCAUGGAAGGGCUAGGCAGUAUGAUGAGAAGGGCUACAACAAACAAUUGGAUAAAAGGCUUCAACAUUAAGGAUAGGAACAAUGAAAUCAUGGAGGUGACUCACUUAUUAUGUGCUGAUGACACUGUGGUUUUCUGCGAAGUUAAACAAGAACAAAUUUGCUACCUAAGGGUGAUAUUGGUGAUCUUUGAAGCUUUCUCUAGGUUGAAGAUUAACUGGAGGAAAAGCAAUAUUUUUCUAGUGAAAGAGGUGCAGCAAAUUCAGUCUCUGGCAGAUAUUUUGAGGUGCAAGACAGAGUAG